UGCCGCCGUGAAUGCAUCCUUUGCUUUUGAACAUCACCACAAUCAAUUUUCAUCCAAUCUAGUUCAAGCUUUAUGACUAACAUGCAUAAGCUUUUAAUCAUGUUUCUAUCCGUUUUUGAACUUCCCCUCCAAAGGGAAGUUUCACAAACAAUAAAUCUUCAUUGAUUCAAGGAUGAUGGGAAUAUUUGCUUUCUUUUUCUCUGUAUGUAGGUAGAUUGCAUCCCUAAUACCCAUCAGUUCAUCUGAUGAUAUGGGAUUAGUUCCAUUCUUUACAUUUAUAUAAGUAUCUUUCUCUUGGCCAGUGAUUGAGUUCAUCGUUCAACAGACACUUUUUUCUUUACUAUCACAUUCAUUUAUACAGUCCUCGGUGACUAUCUACAUUCAUUACUUCAUUGAUUGAAGAAAUUUUUCAAGCGCUCUUUUUUUCACUGCACACAUUUUAAAAUCUUCGUCCAUUACUAUCAUCAAUUUCAAAUUCUUAUCAUCAAAAAUGUCUUUCUCUAAGAUGGCUGUUGUGGCUGGUGCCGCUUUCAUCUCUGGUGUUGCAGCACAUGGACGUGUUCAAGGUAUCGUCGCUGAUGGCGUCUGGUAAGUAAAGAUGAAAGAAAGUUUCGGGAAAUAAAAGCUUAUAUUUCAAUAGGUAUGAAGGUUAUAAUCCAUCUUUCCAAUAUGACCAAGUCGCUCCAGUAGUUGCUGGGUGGUCUGAUCCAUCUGAUUUGAGCAAUGGAUUUAUUUCACCAGAUGCUUAUGGUACAUCUGAUAUCAUUUGUCAUUUGAGCGCUACCAAUGCUAAAGGAUAUGUCAAUGUUACUGCCGGUACUGAGGUUAACUUGCAAUGGACUACUUGGCCAUCAUCUCACCACGGACCAGUUCUUGGUAUGUUUAUAUUGAACCUUAUUAAAUAUAAUUUUAACUAAUGAAUCGCCCCAGACUACCUUGCGGCAUGUACCGGAAAUGAUUGCACAACCGUAGACAAGACCACCCUCAAAUUCUUCAAGAUAGACGGUGUAGGACUUAUCGACGAUACCACCAUUCCAGGUACAUGGGCAUCAGAUCAACUAAUCGAAAAUAAUUCCUCCUGGUCUGUGACCAUCCCAGAAUCAUUAGCACCAGGUGGAUACGUUCUUCGACACGAAAUCAUCGCUCUCCAUUCCGCCGGACAAGCAGAUGGAGCACAAAACUAUCCACAAUGCGUUAACCUGUGGGUAUCAGGAACUGGAACCACCACGCCAGCUGACUCGGAUACCACUCUUGGUACAGCUCUCUAUACCGAGACUGGUGCGGGUAUAAGCGUUGAUAUUUAUGCUUCCAUCGCUUCAUAUGCAGUUCCUGGUCCUACUCAAUGGGCUUCCGCUACUGCUUCUGUAGCUCAAGGUACAUCUGGAGCCGUAGCCACUGGAGCCGCACCCGUCUCAUCAGAAGCUUCCUCCGUAGUCGCAUCAAGCGCAUCUAUUUCAAGCGCCUCAACUUCCGCUGCUGUUAUUGCUUCUACUUCUGCUCAGUCUCAGUCUCAGUCCACUAGUACAGCAAUUAUCGCGUCUUCUUCCUCUUCUAGCAAGAAAUCUUGCACCAAAAAAGUCUCCUCUACAUUAGCUGUUUCACCGGUCGUUACUUCAGCCCCGGUCCCUACUGCUUCGUCAAAUGUCAUCACUAUGAUUACCGACUAUGUUACAGUUACCGAUGUUGUGACUGUUACCGUUACUGCUUAAAUCUUUUAAAAGCUUGACUUGACGUUUUCUUAACCAAAGGCCUUUUGAUGAUAUUUGAUGGUUUUUUGUUUUUUUGGGGUGGUGGGAUGGGGAGGAGUUACCCGUUUAUAUAUUACCAUUUAGAUUCAACUCCUAACGCCGGCUUCCUGCUGGAGUGGUAGUAUUAUCGUUUCCCAUUUUCGUAGUGUUAACUAGAGGGGAGAAACGUUUUCUGUCUAUCUGGUAUAGUGUCGGAAUGGAUUUAUAAAUGAUUAACUCAUGGAAUAUAUUGUAUAUAUGUCAAGUAAAACACAAAUACAAAUAUAAACUUAUAUAAAUACUCCUUUCUCUUUAUACUUGUUAUUUAAAUCUUAUAUUUGAAUUUGAUAUAUUUUAUACUUCAGAUAUGAAUUUCUUUAAAAUAUAAUAUAUUGUUUUUUUUUAAAUUAUUAUAUAUUUAUCUUUUUAUUAUAUUAGAUUAUUAUAGAAUUUCUUUUUUAUAUAAUUAUUAACUUAUUAAAUAUUUUUAAAUUUAAAAUCUAAUACAUUUUUAAAUUUAA